AUGGAGGAGACCAUAGUGCGCCCCUCGGUGUUCGUGGUGGAUGGACAGACGGACAUCCCGUUCACGAGGCUGGGGCGGAAACGCCGGAGACAGCGCUGCGGCGCUGCCCGGGUGGGCCUGGGCCUCGUGCUGCUGCUGCUGGGGGCCGGGCUGGCCGUGCAGGGCUGGUUCCUACUGCAGCUGCACUGGCGCCUGGGAGAGAUGGUCACGCACCUGCCGGACCAAGACACAGGCUCCUGGGAGCAGCUGGUACAAGCACGCAGGUCCCACAAGGCCAGUCCAGCGGCGCAUCUCACAGGCGCCAACUCCAGCUCCGCGGGCACCGGGGGGCCCCUGCUGUGGGAGACGCAGCUGGGCCUGGCCUUCCUGAGGGGCCUCGGCUACCGCGACGGGGCGCUGGUGACCACCCAGGCCGGCUACUACUACAUCUACUCCAAGGUGCAGCUGGGCGGCGUGGGCUGCCCGCAGGGCCUGGCCACCGACCUGCCCGUCACCCACGGGCUCUACAAGCGCACCACUCGCUACCCCGAGGAGCUGGAGCUGCUGGUGAGCCGGCGGUCGCCCUGCGGGCGGGCGGCCAGCUCCCGCGUCUGGUGGGACAGCAGCUUCCUGGGCGGCGUGGUGCACCUGGAGGCCGGCGAGGAGGUGGUGGUGCGGGUGCUGGAGGAGCAGCUGGUCCGGCUCCGCGACGGCACCCGCUCCUACUUCGGCGCGUUCAUGGUGUGA